GACUCCAAUUUUCUUGACCCAAACAAAAACGAAAUGAAACCAAACAAUUGCUCUCCACCCAGAAAAAUGGCGCUCUCUCCAAACACCACCACCUGUCUCCUCCUCUUAGCAACGCUCCUCUCCUUCUUUGUCUCUCUCACCACUUCUGCUUCUGACCCAGAAGAGCUCGUCAAUGAACUCCUCUCCCUACAAUCUCAAUCCAAAACAGGCGUAAUCCAUCUAGAUGACAAUUCCAUCUCUCGCUUCCUAACCUCCACCAAAACUCCACGCCCCUACUCCCUCCUCAUCUUCUUCGACGCUACGCAUCUCCAUGACAAGCACGAACUCCGCCUCCAAUACCUCCACGACGAGUUCUCUCUCGUUGCCUCCUCCUUCAUCCUCAACAACCCUGAUAAAUCUUCCGCGUCCUACGCUAAACUUUUCUUCUGUGAUGUCGAGUUUAAGGAGUCCGAAUCUUCCUUCUCCCUCUUCGGCGUCGAUGCCGUCCCUAACAUCCGCCUCGUGGGCCCCAAUGUGAAGAACCCAAAAGAUUCUGAUGAGGUGGAACAGGGGGAUGUCCCUGGAACGGCUGAAUUGAUGUCAGAUUUCGUCGAGUCCAGCAUCAAAGUCUCUGUGGGGCCUAUUCACCGUCCCCCAUUUCUCUCAACGAAACAAUUGGGUCUUUUAUUCGUCGUUUUUUCAAUCUGGACGCCGUUUAUGGUUAAGAAGGUAUUGACCGGCCAGACAUUGCUUCACGAUCCGAAAAUAUGGCUUGGUGGGGCGUUAUUUGUGUACUUCUUCAGUGUUUCUGGCUCAAUGCACAAUAUAAUUCGUAAGAUACCCAUGUUUUUGGCAGACCCAAACGACCCCAGCAAUCUGGUUUUCUUUUACCCGGGGGCCGCGAUGCAGCUGGGAACAGAGGGGUUCGCCAUUGGGUUCUUGUACACCAUUGUGGGGCUACUGUUAGCGUUUAUGACUCAUGCGCUUGUGACUGUUAAGAAUGUGGCUGCUCAGAGAUUGAUUAUGGUCGGUUCACUGGUGGUUUCAUUUUGGGCUGUGAAUAAGGUUAUCUACCUGGAUAAUUGGAAGACUGGGUAUGGGGUUCAUGCUUUCUGGCCUUCAAGUUGGAAAUGAGAAUGCAGUUCAGACAUCGAGAAGUGAAAGGUGAUAAGGAUGCGUUAGUCAUAUUGGUGCAAAACUUUGAUGUUUCAAUGUACUAAGAAUAGAUGGGUUCGCUUGAACUUUAGCUUCAGAAAUAUUUUGCUGUUUCACAUAUACUUACUGUUUUUAUGCUAAAAGAAUUUGUCAUGGUGCAUGUUUGUUUUUUGGUUGCUAGUUUGAACUAUUUCCGGUUUGGACAUUGAA